CCGUAGAAAAUGCCAAGAUGGCGUUGUGGGCAACUUGCCCCAAAGAUGACAAGUUCGGUGAAAUUUUAAUCGUCUACCGAAUUUAAAAUACGGUUUUAACCAUGUACAUACAUAUUAAAAUAACAGUAUUCUGCUACUAUACACGAUUUAUUUUUCUGUGAGCAAUGAAGAUUAAUUUUUUUUUGUUUUUUUCUACGUUGUCAACUUUUAAAGGUUAUAUGUUGCAUUGAUCUCUCAUGCGAAAUUCUGUAUAUAUUCAUUAAUCCCGUGUGGUUUUAUUGCAGUUUUGUGAACUUUAUGUGUGUUUAACUAAUUGACUGAUUGCCAGCUUCGGCAUAAUUUUUUUUUAAAUAUUAUUUUGAAGGUUAUAGUCUCGUUUAAUUCCACUCUAAAUUUGUGAACUGUAUAUGGGUUCUAGUUAUCUUUGAUCCCGUUUUUUACUUACCAUGAUGGGUAUAUUGUACGAAAAACGGCCUUUAAAAAGGCCAAGAUUAGGCCCUCCCGACGUAUAUCCACAAGAGCCUAAGCAAAAGGAGGAUGAGCUUACAUUAGUAAACGUUAAACAUGGCUUUGCUACCAUGCCCCAAUUAUCUGAUGAAUUUGGAACAGCCAGGCACUGUAAUGUGACAGCUGCAAAAGUUGGUGCAUAUUUCAACGGUAUACUUGCUAAGAAAGAAGAAUUUGCCACGAUGCCUGAUACAGGAAGAAAGAGACAGCAGAUUAAUCCAAAGGAUAACUUUUGGCCUGUAACUGCCAGAACUAAAAAUGGGAUCGAAGCUUGGUUCAAAGAUCUGUCUGGCUGUAAGCCUUUACUAGCCUUGGCUAAGAAAGCCCCUAAUUUUAACAAGAAAGAAGAAAUUUUCAUGAUGUUGUGUGAAUAUCAAGUGCCGAUGCUGAGAGCUGCUUGGUUUAUUAAAUUAAGUUCUGCUUAUACCGUUGCUGUUUCUGAGGCAAAAAUUAAGAAAAGGCAAUUACCUGACCCAACAACUGAAUGGACUGGUACCUUGAUAAAAUUUCUAAAAGAUCAGCUAACCAAAUUACAAGAAUAUUACCAUAUGAAUCACAAUAUCUCUAAUGGCACAAGCAGCAGUACCAAUGGCAGUAAUCUGAGUAAUAACAGCACCAAUAAUACUGUGAAUAAUCAGCCAACUACACCAAACCCAAAUCCUGGGCCAAUUGUGGGUCCAACUAUGAACGAAGAUCAUAAAUUAGCACUUAAACAGUGGCAUUACUGUAUUCAAUUAGCCAAAUACAUGUUUGAGGAAGGAUUGCUCGAUAGGCAAGAACUGUUACAAUGGAUCUUAGAACUGCUGGAUAAAAUGAGAUCUGCUCCGCUGGACGAUGGGAUUCUGAAACUCGUAUUACCAUUAGCCUUGCAAUAUCUAGAAGAGUUUGUUCAGUCGGAGUUAUUAGCUAGAAAAUUGGCAUACUUGUGCUGUCGUAAAAUUGCACAGAUGUGCAGCAAUGUAGAAAACAGCAAUAAUCCUCAAAGUCCUAUGGUCACUGCCCCUGUAAAAUCAGAAGUCAGCAAUAUAAAAGAGAAUCCCGUUGCCCCAACACCGGUUAAUCCAUUAACCGUGACUUUCAACGACUAUAUUAACUGUCCACAUCACAGAGACAUAAUCUUGGGAUUAUCGGUUAUAAUUCAGGUAAUUACGAUUGAGUGUCCAACCGCCUUAGUUUGGAAUAGUGUCGGCGAAGGUAAAGCACCAUCGGUUUUAAAUGGGUCGCCGUUAGAUCAUCUGCCUAGUCCUCCAUCAGCUUUACCAUGCCCCCCUGCCAGUUCGAUAAAUCCGACGAUGAAGCAGAUCAAGGUUGCUCAAGAAAGUGUUCGCCGACGAUCAUUAGCUGCCGAAGGCCGAUGGUCGUGUGACAAAUGGCAGCAAAGCAGUGCCGGUAUGACAACGACUAAAGUCUUAGCUGCUCUGGAUGCUUUAGAUCGUCACAGUUUUGACAGAAUGGAUGCGUUAAACUCUCUGGAUACACUGUAUGCUAAAAUAUUCACUGCUACACCUAAGGAAAAUACAAAUGAGAGAGACACGAAAGUUGAAUAUUCUCCCCAGCAAGAUGCCGCUAUUAUAGAAAUUUUAUGCGAAUGGGCGGUAAGUUCGGAAAGGUGGGGCGAGCAUAGAGCAAUGGCUGUGGCUAAGUUGUUAGAAAAACGUCAGAGUGAAGCUACUGGAGAAACUAACGACAGUGAUGACAAAGACAGUGUUUGUAGUAAUGCUUCACCACCAGGGUUGCCAAUUUUUCAACCAUUACUCAUGAAAUUUCUCGACACUGACGCUCCGAUUUUAGACCAUAGUUCUUCCCAGUCCAAAGCACAGUUCACCAAUUUGGUUCACUUAUUUUCCGAGCUUAUUCGUCACGACGUCUUUUCCCACGACGCAUACAUGUGUACUUUGAUAUCUCGAGGGGAUCUGAUUCAAGGACCAGCUGCUAGUAAACCAAGUACACCGAACAAUCGUGAACCAAUAGACGAAGACAGCUUAUUUCCUGGAAUUGAUUUGAAACCAGCUAAACUGGAAGUGCCAGAUCACGGAAGAACAAUGGAUUAUGAUGAUAGUAAAAUUGACGAUGAUUUAGAUAAAUUGCUACAACAUAUUAAAGAGGAUCAACAGAAUAGCAUGGAUGCUCCAGACAGUCCAAAGGAAGAUGCCUUGGGUGGCCAUAACGCACAUGAUGGGCUAGAUUCUAAAAGUCCAAAUCCAUGUAGACAUUUACUUUAUACUACACAUUUUCCAUUGCCACAGGAUGAAACCUGCAGUCAACAUGACUGCAAUCAACGUCACGUUUUGUUGUAUGGUGUGGGACGAGUACGCGACGAAGCAAGACAUGUCGUUAGAAAAAUGACAAAAGAAAUUUGCAAAUUAUUUGGAAAAAAAUUCAGCAUCGAUGUUGCAGAAGGUGGCAAAGUAAAAAAACACUCCCGGAGUGAAUUCAAUUUUGAAGCUGUUACUCAGAAGUUUCAAAACUUGAGUUAUUUUGACCAACACGUCGUCACGUGGCAGUGUGCUACACAAGUCAUUGAAAUGCUGAAUACAUUCGCAUUAGCUGGAUCAUCUUACUUACCUGUUCAGGAACAUGUCGCAUUCUUAUUUGACCUAAUGGAACUUGCGCUAAACAUAUACGGACUUAUUGAUGUUUGUAUUCAGAUAUUGAAAGAACUGCCGGAGAUUGAAGCACAAUUGACAGUCAGAAAUAGUCAGCUCAUCAGAAGUUACACCACAAGCUUAAGUUUAUAUGUUGUUGGGGUGCUGAGACGAUAUCAUUGUUGUUUAUUACUUGCUCCAGAACAAACAACAGCAGUGUUUGAUCUCCUUUGCAAAGUUGUCAAGCAUGUUUCGAAUCCAAGUGACUGUAGUUCUGCAGAACGUUGCGUUUUAGCACAUCUGUACGAUUUGUACUCAAGUUGUUCAUUAUUGAAGACAAAGCCCCAUGGCGUGGAAGCUUUCAGCAAUGCCUACCCUAAAAUUCGAAUAGCUUUGUACAGCGCAUUACUGCCAACCCCAUCGAAUCACGUUUACAAUUCUCAAUUCAUGAUUGACGUCUUUAGUAGUCCGAGGCGUAGCGGAAAAAUUGAGCCUCAAUGGGCCAGACAGUUGAAUGAAACUCCGGCGAAUCGUUAUAGCUUUGUAUGCAAUGCAAUUAUUGUUGCUGUGAGCAGUGAGACUGAUAACGAUAAAUUGAACGAUGUUGCGAUAAUUUGUGCAGAGCUCACAGCCUGCUGUAAUGCUCUAAGUGCUGAGUGGUUGGGUGUCUUGAUGGCAUUAUGUUGUUCAUCCAACAGUUCAUCAUUUUAUAUUGAUGUUUUAAAUCAAGUUGAUGUUCAAAAUUUGAAUGUUCGUAAUUCUUUGGCUGUGUUUACAUCCAUUUUGAUUGCCAGACACUGUUUUUCCUUAGAAGAUUUUGUAGUGCACAUAGCAUUGCCGUCUCUUGUAAAGGCUUGUAACGAAGGCCGUGGCGAUGCCGAUAUGGAAGCUGAAGCAGGUGCUCUGCUAACUUGUCACCUACUCUUACAACUAUUCAAAACAGUCGAGUGCCCACAACCGGCUUUAUAUUCAGUUAGCACCAGUCCACAUCCACUGCCCAGUGGGAAUCUGAGACGUUACAGUAUAAAACUUAGCUGCGACAGACACUUGCUAGCAGCUGCCCACAAUAAUAUCAGAGUCGGACCUGUAUUGGCAGUUUUGAAGGCGAUUCUGGUUGUUGGUGAUGCUACUGCUGGUAAACUUCCGCCUAAAAAACCAGACAUUCCAAUGGCACACUCUAACAAAGCUGGUCCAGGCAGUGUGGGUGCUAGUGAGAGAGAGUCUAUUAGUCACAUAUUGGGCACAAGUGACAUCUUAGGCGGAGGCGAUGAUUUGGGUCUUGAUCUUGGACUGUCGUCAAGCAAUCUUAGCAUGGAAACAGAAAAUGUUAAAGGUUUGUCAGCUUUUGCUCAGCAUGUACUGCGCCAAAUAUGCAGUCAAGAAUGGGUUCUAGAAAGGUGUCUACAAAAUCCCGAAGAACUUUGUCAUCCCGACAUGCUUUUGGACAACAUGUUAACUCCUCGUCAAGCUCAAAGAUUGUUGCACAUGAUAUGUUAUCCUGACACGCUUAUCGACACAUUUUUAGACCAGAAAACGCACAUCACAAAUAUACUGGAAAACCUCGAGCAAUGGAGUCUACGAAUGUCUUGGCUCGACCUGCAACUUAUGUACAAACAAUAUCCAGCGGGUUCGAGUGAUUUAUCGCAAUGGUUAGACACUGUUGCUAAAGCAGCAAUUGAUGUGUUCCAACUCAAUACUAUUUCUGGUAAACCGGACAAAAAAUCAGGUUCUAUAUGGCUGGUAGCGCCUUUGGUAUCGAAGCUGCCUAGUGCUGUACAAGGUCGUGUUUUAAAAGUAGCUGGACAAGUGUUAGAAUCUGGUAAUUGGUCUAAAGCAAGCAGAGAAAAAGGCAGGUCGAAAUCACCAUCUCUCUUCAAUCAUCAGCCAUUUUUAUCUUUAGUAUUGACAUGUUUAAAAGGACAAGAUGAUCAGAGGGAAGGGUUGUUAACGUCUCUGCACUCACAGUUGACACAAUUUUUGAAUAUGAGCAAAGAAGAAAAAAAUAUUGGCUUAGAAGAUCCAAAAACCAGGGAAGUAUUGCAGGAUGCUCUUCAACUGAGGUUCAGUUUGGUGGGAGGAGUUUUUGACACAAUCCAAAGAAAUACCACCGUAACAACUGACUGGGCGAUCUUAUUCGUACAAUUGAUUAGCUAUGGUGUCAUAGACUUGAACAAUAAUUCGGAACUAUUUACAACGGUAAUAGAUAUGUUAGCAACUCUAAUACAUUCCACACUUGUUUCGGAUUCGCAGUCUGAGAAAGAUGAAAAUAAAAAGCAUUAUCAGAAUCUAAUGAAAAAACUUAAGAAGGAAUUAGGUGAUCGAAAUUCACAGAGCAUACAAUUUGUAAGACAGUUGUUACCUCUGCCCAAAGUGACAAUGGAAGUUAUCACAUGCGAACAUGUCGGCUGCUUGACCGACACAAAGGGCAACAAAAUAGCUGGAUUUGACAGCAUUGAUAAAAAACAGGGCUUACAAGUAUGUGACUCGCAAAAAGUAUCUGCUUGGGAGUUAUUAGAAGGGCAUAAAAAUCCAGCACCACUGUCUUGGGCCUGGUUUCGAGCGGUGAAAAUGGAAAGAAAACCAUUAACUUAUCAAGCAGCUCAAAAGUUGCUACGUUAUCAUACUCAUAGUGCAAUAAAACCUGCAAGUCAUUAUUUAGACCCACCGCCGUUACCUCCCGAAGAUUUAGAACCAGAUAAGAAGGAAUCAGAACCUGGUAAAGCUGAUACACCAAUGAGUGUUGAAUCCCCUGGCAGAACAAGUAAAGGAAAGGCUAUGAAGCCUAGAAAACCUAGGAAGAACAAAGGUGCAGCUACUCCAACGGCACCAAUACCUCAGCAAAUGCAGCAACAAGGUCCACCACAAAUGCAACAGAUACCAUAUGGUCAACAACCACAGGUUGUGCAACAACAAGCAAUGUUCCCAGGGCAACCACAACAACCGCAACAGCAAUGGUACCCAAAUCAACAAGGACCAACACCACAGCAGCAGUAUGGUUACGGACAACAAAUUCCACCGGCCCAAGUCACCGGUCUUCGAUACGAACGUCCCGGCAUGAAUAACCAGUCGAAACAAACACUAUCCAAUAUGCUACGUCUUCGCGUACCAUCCAAUCAGUUCAUGGGGGGACAACAACAACCUGGUGCACCCCCAGGAGCUGGACCAGCUGCAUACCAGGGUAUGCAGAGACCACAGUUCAUUAGACAGCAAUUGCGAACACAGCAUGCUGGCCCAGGGAUAAAUCCACAGCAAACUAUGUUCCCGCCACAACAGCAGCAACAAGGAAUAUAUGCUGGGAUGCAACAAGGAAUGAAUCAAAACUAUGCAGGUUACGGAGGGCAACAAAUGUUGCCACAACAGCAACAGCAGCAAAUGUUACAGCAGCCACAGCAGCAGCAACAGCAACAGCAGCAACAACAGCAACAACAACAACAGCAGCAACAGGGCAUGAUGAAUCAGCAGCAAAAUAUGAUGUUCCAGAACCCACAGCAAAUGAUUGGUGCUCAGAGAGGACAAGAAUAUAUGCCGCAACAAAGAAUGCAGCCAGGUGCUGCUCGGCCGCCUUAUCAUCAGGCUCCAAACGUCACAAUGAACACUAUGGGGCCAAUGGGUGGGGGAGUUCAAAAUCAACCAGCUCCCCCAUAUAGACAAGCUAGUGGCAAACCUGGCUCAGUUGGAGUUGCUGGUGUUGGAGCAGGUGGUGUUGGUUUACAGCAACAAAAUCAACAGUUCCAACAGCAGGCCAUAAACCAGCAACGCAUGCGGCAUAUGUUAGCCAUGCAGCAGCAACAACAACAACAACAGCAAGGUGGAGGUGGUGGACAACAGCCGACACCUCAAUUGGUAGCUCAUCUUCAACGACACUCAAAUCAACCACCCCAACAUCCUUAUCAACAUCAACCCCCGCCGUAUUGAGUUAUCACUAUCAGUUGCAUUAUGGUCUAGAGAAACUGUGGACGACACUUAAGUCUUAGCAGUGUUUUAGUGAAAUAAUGGACCAAUUCCUGUGUGUGAACUAAUGAUAUUUCAUUAGAAAAUUUACUGUUACCUGAACCUAGAUUUCAACUUGAAAUUUCUUCAGGAUAAUCCGCAUUUUCCAACAAUUGUAUGUGUAUAUACUAGUUACAUAAAUUUAAAUUAAAUGAAUAUUUGUAAACAAACCACACCAUGUCUUCAUCUACUUCUAAUUAUGAAAAUAAAAAUUGAAUGAAUCGCAGAAAUUAUAUAACAUGAGUAUGGAUAUGUAGAUU